AUGGCGGCAUUGGAGGGAGCCGACACAGCAACCUGCUGGCGCGUUCAAGCGCAGCAGAGCAUGAACCGCAUCUUUGCAACAUCCUCCAAAUCCACAGCCGAUUACCCUCCCAUCUCCAGUAUUCCACGAACCUCGGCCGACCGUCUUGCCCAGGCCUCGCCCGACUACCAUGGCCCAAAGACAUCCUCAACGACGCUCUACCUCGCCUACGGGUCGAACCUGAGCGCGCGCACCUUCCUGGGCGCGCGGGGCAUCCGGCCCAUCUCCUCGAUCAACGUCUCUGCGCCCGCGCUCGACCUGACCUUUGAUCUGCCAGGCCUGCCGUACCGAGAGCCGUGCUUCGCGAACACGGCACCGCGGAAGAUCCCCGCGAUCCCUCUGCCGGGCCACCCCCCGACGAAGCCGCCGAUCAACCUUCCCCCUUCACACACCGAGACGUUCCCCAGCAGCGACGAGAAGAGACGGUCCGGCGGCGAUGGCGUCCCGUCCAUCUCCUUCCCCGCGCUGCCCAUCCGCCGCCCGACCUGGACCAAGGGCCUGUACGGCGUGGUGUACGAGGUGACGGCGUCGGAUUACAGCAAGAUCAUCGCGACGGAGGGCGGGGGCUCGUCGUACGCGGACGUGGCGGCGCUGUGCAUCGCGCUGCCCCCCGCGAUCCACGUGCCGGAGCAGCCCGUGGUCCCGGAGCUGAGGCCGUUCCUCGCGCGCACCCUGUUCGCGCCGCGGCUGCCCGAGGAGCCCCCGACCGAGCACUGGUGGCAGCGGUUCCUGCUUCCCGUGCGGCGCGCCGAGGCCGACUACGCCCAGCCCAGCCUCAGGUACCUCGGCCUGCUGCGGGAGGGCGCCGCCGAGCACUUCCUGCCGCUGGAGUACCAGGAGUACCUGCAGAGGCUGGAGCACUACCGGGUUACGACGCGGCGGCAGGAGCUGGGCAAGUUUCUGUUCAUGCUCUUCUGGUCGCCGUUCUUCUUGCUGUUCUGGUUGCUCGCCAAGGUCUUCUCCAGUAAAGAUGGAGGGAAAUUUCCCAGAUGGUUGGCGAUUGUGGUGGCUGUUCUGUUCAACACCAUCUGGCUGAGCUACGACGUUGUGUUCAAGAGCAGGUUUGGUGAUGGAGAGAGAACCGUGGAAGAAGACGACGAUGACACGAUUUCAAAGAGACGAAGUUGGUGGCGUGGCAAUCACGCGGGGAUGAGUGAGAAGAACAGGCUACUGAAUGAUUGGUAA